CCUGAAAGGGAGGAGUUUUGCUCUAGCAGCUGCAGUUAAACCUGUUUGUUCUGCCACCUGCCACAUACCUGAAGGAAGAGGAGAAGGAGACCCUCUAGGCUGUGGGCUGUGUCGGGAAUGGCUGCCACCUUUCAUUCGAGCCUUCUGUAGAGUCCUGUGGUGGGUCUAAGGAUGGCCCGAGAAGGUAGGGGUGGCCGCUCCCUCCAAGGGCCAGGACAGGAGCGUCUCCCUGGCAGUGCCACUCCCCUUGGAGUCCAGGCACCCGCUUGGGAGUGGAAAGACACAGGGUUACACCUUGCUGUUUCAGGCCUGUGUUGUAAGGAAGUACUAGUGAAAGAAACCAGAAAUGUAGGGGUGUCGGUGAGCCAUUCUUAACACCUGUCUGAAAAAGAGGGGGUGGGGAAGGCAGUUGGGCCUGGAGCAGCCUGGGUGGUGUUGGUUCCUCUGGGUGACUCUUUCCAGGGACCUUGCCCUGCAGCGUGGCUUGCGCAGGAGAAAGGAAGCCAGCAGGGGUGCAGUCCCCGGGGGAUUCUGAAUGGGAGAGACCUGGUUGCAGGCCCACCUGGACAGGUCCCGCCUGCCCUUCAGUCUGAUGCCCGUCCAGCCCUCCAACCACCUGGAAUGGAAUGAGCCUAUGCACUCCCUCCGGAUAAGUGUGGGGGGCCUUCCGGUGCUGGCGUCCAUGACCAAGGCAGCAGACCCCCGCUUCCGCCCCCGCUGGAAAGUGAUCCUGCCGUCCUUUGUGGGCGCUGCCGUCCUCUGGCUGCUGUACUCCCACCGCCCACCCCCAGGCAGGCCCCCCGCACCCAACGCCCACAACUGGAGGCUCAGCCAGGCACCUGCUGACCAGUACAAUGACACCUACCCCCUGUCCGCCCCCCAGAGGACGCCGGGCGGGACUCGGUACCGAAUCGCGGUUAUUGCUGACUUGGACACAGAAUCUAGAGCCCAAGAGGAAAAUACCUGGUUCAGUUACCUGAAGAAGGGCUACUUGACCCUGUCAGACAGUGGGGACAAGGUGGCCGUGGAGUGGGACAAAGGCCACGGGGUCCUGGAGUCCCACCUAGCUGAAAAGGGGCGGGGCAUGGAGCUGUCUGAGCUGAUCGUCUUCAACGGGAGACUCUACUCUGUGGACGACCGGACAGGGGUCAUCUACCAGAUCGAGGGGACCAAAGCCGUGCCGUGGGUGAUUCUCUCCGAUGGCGAUGGAACCGUGGGAAAAGGCUUCAAAGCCGAGUGGCUGGCUGUGAAGGACGAGCAUCUGUAUGUGGGUGGCCUGGGCAAGGAGUGGACCACCAGCACGGGGGAAGUGAUGAACGAAAACCCAGAGUGGGUGAAGGUGGUGGGCAGCAGAGGCAGCGUGGACCACGAGAAUUGGGUGUCCAGCUAUAACGCUCUGCGGGCCGCGGCAGGGAUCCAGCCUCCAGGACGACGGCCUCCGCUCCCAGGAGAGGCCAUGGCCAUCCCACCGCUCCUCUGGAUGUGGCUGCUGGUUGCAGGGACUCAAGGUGAGAAAGAUGGGGACAUGCGGCUGGCCGAUGGGGACACCGCCAAUGAGGGUCGCGUGGAGAUCUUCUACAGAGGCCAGUGGGGGACCGUGUGUGACAACCUGUGGGACCUGACGGAUGCCAGCGUCGUCUGCCGGGCCCUGGGGUUUGCGAAUGCCACCGAGGCUCUGGGCGGAGCUGCCUUUGGGCCAGGCGCCGGCCCGGUCAUGCUGGAUGAGGUGGAGUGCACGGGCACGGAGCCCUCGCUGGCCAGCUGCAGGUCCCUGGGCUGGCUGAAGAGUCACUGCAGGCACAACCAGGACGCCGGCGUGGUCUGCACCAACGAAACUCGAGAUGCCCACACCCUUGACCUGUCAGAUGAGCUCCCUGCAGCCCUUGAGCAGAUCUUUGACAGCCAGAGGGGCUGUGACCUGUCCAUCAGCGUGAGGGCAAGGGACCAGGAGGAGGAGGGCCUGGACUUGUGUGUCCACAGGCUGAUCCUGUCUGCCAACCCCGAGGCUCAGGCCCUGUGGAAGGAGCCGGGCCCCACGGUCACCAUGGAGGUGGACACAGAGUGCCUGCCUGUUGUCAGAGACUUUAUCAGGUACUUCUACUCCCGAAGGCUGGAGAUUUCCCUGACGUCCGUGAAGUGCUUCCACAAGCUCGCGUCUGACUACAGGGCCUGGCGGCUGCAGAGCUUCUGCGCCAGCCUCUUUGCCGUCCUCCUCCCCGAGGACCCCUCCUUCCAGACGCCCCUGGACCUCUACACCUAUGCACUGGCCACGCGGGACCCCGUGCUGGAGGAGCUGUGCGUGCAGUUCCUCGCCUGGAACUUCAAGGCCCUGACGCAGGCCGAGGCCUGGCCCGGCGUGCCCACGGCCCUGCUGCAGGUCCUGCUCUCCAGGAGUGAGCUGGCCGUGCCCAGCGAGCUGGCCCUGCUGAUGGCCUUGGACGUGUGGAGCCAGGAGAAGCAGCCUUCCCACAGGGAGGUGGAAAGCCUGGUGGAGAAGGUCCGGUUCCCCAUGAUGCUGCCCGAAGACCUGUUCGAGCUGCGGUUUAACCUGUCCCUGUACUGGAGCCAUGAGGCGCUGUUCCAGAAGAAGAUCCUGCAGGCGCUGGAAUUCCACACCGUGCCCUUGCGGCUGCUGGCCCAGCACGGAGGCCUGAACCUCACCGAGGAUGCCUACCGGCCCCGGCUGUACACCUCGUCCACCUGGAGUGCCUCUGUCUCCGGCAGCUCCAGGGCCUUGUCCAGGUCCUUCCAGACCCCACAGCACCCCAGCUUCCUGUUCCAAACCAGGCUCAUCUCCUGGUCUCUGAUCUACCUUCCCACCCUCCAGAGCUGCUGGAACUAUGGGUUCUCAUGCUCCUCGGAUGAGGUCCCCCUCCUGCACCUCUCCAAGUCUUACUACUCGGAGCCCACCAUCGGCUAUGAAAACAAAGCCCUGAUCCUCUGCGGGGGGCGCUUUGUGGCCCAUGUCACCAACUUUGAGGGCCAGAAGGCCAUGAUCCCCAGCGCCCUGGGCACCAACAGUUCCAGGAGCGCCUCCCUCUUCCCCUGCCCGGCAGGCUCCUUCAGCAGCUUCCAAGCGGUCAUCCGCCCCUUCUACCUGACCAACUCCUCAGGCGUGGACUAGACCGGAGCUUGGAGAAGCCAGGGGCCUCCCAGCACCACUCCGAGCCCCCCCACAGCUGCUUCCCAACUGCCCGCUGCUUCCUGUCCGCAGCCACCCCCCAACGGCGGCCACCAGAGGGCCCUCCUGUUUCCACUGAUCUCUCUGAGCUUAGAGAAAGUACUGGAAGGUUUCAACUAAUGGCCACCACUGUGCCUAGAAGUCCCAGUAACCCCCCUGCCCCCACCGUCCGGCUGGUUUCCAGGUGGAGAAGCAGGGGAACCUGGGUGGGGCAGCUGUUGGACUUUCCACACCGACUUUCACUUCCCUGUCCUCUGCUGUCCCCCAUCUGAGAUCACUAAAAUUGCGCUGUGGCUCCCAA